UUGAUUCGUAUAAAUACAAGUCCGGAGCCGUUGGCAGCGUGCAAAAGGCAAGGAAAAGCGCCCGCAGACAUGUCAUCAAACAGAAUCCGGCCGGAGUUGGUGCUCCUGCAGCUGCUGCUGCUGCUGGCGGCCACACUAAUCCCUUUGCUGCAGGCCGGCAUAGUUACAGCUCCGCACUUCGAUUCGGAUUCGGUUUCGGAUUUGGAUUCGGUUUCGGAUUCGGAUCCGGACACCACCACCAUUGCCACCACCAACGACUAUGACCCGCAUGCGGAGAUGCAGCAGCAGCAUCUGGAAUCGGAGACGGAGGCCACUGCUGCUCAAGUGGAUGGCCAACGCAUCGACUGCAAAUUGACUUUCGAUGCGGCGACAAUGGACUCGUUAGGCUGCCACAAUGAGGGGGCGUUGACGGCGAGGGAGGGGGCGUGGUUGGCCACCGACAGUGGUAAUAAGCCGAUGGAGGAGUUGCCAGAAGCAAAUCCGGACGCCUGGCGGCCACGCCACUUGAAGUCCCCGGACAGCCAGCCCAUCUAUGAAUUACAAUUGGUUGUUUGGCCCAGUGACAUCGAGGAUGGUGAUGACUUUAGUCCGCCGCUGGCCACCACCACCAGCACCACAACAACAACAGCAAGGACCACUAGAGGCACCAGCAGCAGUACGAGUAGCACGACGAGCACCACAACCACCAAGCCCAACCAAAUUGGGACACCUAUUGAGCAAGUGUGGCCAUUGUACGAGGAUCAAUUGGUUGUAUUUCCGCAAAUGGACUUUGAAGAGGAGAAUCUUGAUUAUUUCUUCGACGAAGUGCCACCAACACCAACACCAACAACCACGACGACGACGACGACGACGACGACCCUUCGACCAACAAGCAGCAGUCAUCCCACGGGCACGCCCACUCCCACGCCCAUCUAUGUUGUGGAAAACUAUCACGUUGUACACCCCAACGGCACCGAGGAGUACAAAUUGGUGAUGAGCAACGGCCUGGUGAACUACAAGAAGCUGUACACCAAGCGAGUGGCCGACCGGCUGAUCAACGUGCAGGAGGGCUACAAUGCGGUGCCCAUUCCGGGACCCAGGAAUCAAAUCCAGACGCAGUACUACAUUGCCGACGAGCGGGGCUACAAUGUGUAUAGAAUCGAGCUGCACUAUCAGCAGCCAGGGUUGCCCAAACAUUUGCAUUACAAAGCCACAAAAGCGACCAAUAUGUGA